AAAAGAUGCUGAGCUUAAAUAUCACGGUAUUAAACACAGAGCAGCAAGAUAGCGCUGGGUCGAAAGAAACGGUAUAUUGCAUUCAAUUUAGUCAAAGUUUAGAUUUUUUUUGUGUGUGUGUGCAUGCUCUGUAUUCCGUGCAUCGGUCUAGGGAAGAUGUUUGAGCGUCAUGGAACAGAGCUCGGAGUUACGAAACAUGCCAGACCUUCACUUCUGACUUCCUAAAAGACUGAAGCAGAGCAGAAAGUCCCCGGCGGCGUCUGAGCGAGUCUCAUGGCUCUGGACGCUCUGAUCCGGCUCUUCAGCUUCAUGUCAGUGUGUGUGUUUGGGACGAGUCCCGGCGUCUCUCUGUCCGUCCCGGAGCGAGUGCUGGCUCUGGAGGGCUCGUGUCUGGUCAUCCCCUGCUCCUUCAGACCGGACCCUGGCUCUCCGGUGGAGGUCCGUCUGGUCCGGUCUUCCUCGCCGUUCUUCAUGAUGCUGCGGAGGCCGGUGUUCAGCUCGGAGCGCGGCGACGCUGUUCAUCCCUCCUUCAGAGACAGAGCGGCGCUCGCCGGGAACGUCAGCGCCGGAGACUGCUCGGUCAGCUUCAGCAGCGUCCGCCGGGACGACCACAACACCUACGAGCUGCAGCUCAGGGAGAGAGGUCAAAGGUCGUGGCCCGCCGGCCGCAAGGUCAACGUCAGCGUCACCGGUUCCCCGGAGCCGCCCGAGCUGUCGGACCCGGGGCCCGUGACGGAGGGCCAGCGGCUGGUGUUGAACUGCUCCGCUCGGGUCAGCUGUCCGUCCGAUCGGCCCCGUCUGAGCUGGAGCUGGAGCGGGAGCGGUGACACACACACACACACACACACAGAGCUGCAGCCGGACGCCGGUCGGUCUCCACGGAUACGCUCCAGUCUCAGCUUCACCGUCCGGCCCGGCCCUAACCCCAGAGUCCACUGUGAGCUCCAGUACCCUGACCACCGCAGAUCCUCCACCUCCCGACAGAUCCUCGUCCAGUUCGCUCCUCGAGACGUCGGGGUGCAGGUCCUGAGCUCUUCGGUGCGUCUCGGAGGAAACGCUCUGCUGCUGUGUUCCUGUAAAGCUGAUCCUCCGGUGUCUGAGUAUCAGUGGUGGAGUAACACACAGAUCCUGAAGAAACGCUCUCAGAGCGUCCGGAUCUUCAACAUCAGCCGAGACACGCUGGUCCAGUGCAGCGCCGCUAACCGCCUCGGACAGAGCUCGUCUCCUAAAACCAGACUCAACGUCCUGUACGCUCCGGUGAUCGAGUCCCGCUCGUGGUGUGUGUGGGACGGGGUGCUGCUGUCCUGCCUCUGCGCCGUGGACUCGAACCCUCGGCCGGCCGUCACCUGGAGCGUGAACGGGACGCAGCCGCCGGACGGAUUCAACACCUCCUCGUCCUACGAGAACGAGACGCUGACGGCGAGGCUCCGAGGGGUGUCUGAGGCCCCGGGGCCCGUCGAGUGUCACGCCGUCAGCGAACUCGGAAACCACUCGCUCCUGCUGCUCUCGCCGCGCCACGAUGAUCUGAUGUGGACGGUGAUCCCGAGCGCAGGGGCCGUGUCUCUUCUUCUUCUUCUUCUGCUGUGUCUGCUGCUGUGUUUCUGCCGCUGCAGGACGAGGCGGAGGAGUCGAGUCUCGAGCUGUGGACCUCCUCCAGGCGUCUAUCAGGAGCGGAUGCCGCUCUACAUUAACUGCAGUGAAGUCACAAACGUCUACAGCAACGGCAGCUACCAGCUCAUCUACCAGAACUGCACCCCGCUCUUCGUUCGCAGCAAACAGCUGUAUAAGAGACAGAGACGAGGAGCGAGACGUCAGAGAGUGAUCCCCGUCACGACAGACUCAGACACAGCCGUCUAUGUGGAGGUCAUCUGAUGAUGUGUGUGUGUGUGUGUGUGUGUGUGUGUGUGUGUGUGUGUGUGUGUGUGUGUGUGUGUGUGUGUGAGUGAGUG